UAGCCCCUGCACAUUGUAAGCAAGUAUUCAUCGUCGGUGUAGCUGCAGUUUACACAGCGUGAACUGCAGUCGCGCUGCUAUCAGGUUUGAAUUCACAGAUGCUUCCGGCUCAAGGGAACUCAGCAGUCACUGGCUUCCAGGGUCGCUCUUGCUCAGGAAACGUUAGGCAGAGCUUUCUUUUUUUUUUAAACCUGCGACGCCCUUGUUUUAGAAACUGGUGUAGCUAUUUAAGAAUGUUUCUCUGUGAUGAGGGAAGACAUGUGUUGGCGAUAAUCCGUUCAUGCUUCUGGGCGCAGCGUACUGGCCAGGCGCUCGCUCGUCACUACGCGCCGAUUCGGUUGAGGAAGAACCCUCCCCCUGCCAGCGCGCAGCAUCGACUUGAUAUCAAAGUCGUCGAAUACAUACAUCUCGGGGUAUUAUCCAGCGAAACGGAAGUCGUGACGCCGUGAUAUGAAGUGUAGAUCAUACAUUCGUCCGGGAUGAAUCUGAUAAAAGAAGAGAUAAGCGGGUGAGACUUUUGCUCACCGUACGACACGUUUUCCGGAGUGCGGGUUGGUGUCUCUGCCAGUCCACCUGCCAUUCGUAUCGUACUCGCGUGAGAGUGAAUACAUAUACUGGAUAUUUUCUUGGACUUUUUGUUGUUAUUUUGCCUCAGUGUUAUCGGAAAGUGGACAACCCCUGUGCGAUACCAAUUGAUAAAAAAGUGGUGUGGUUUUAAAGUGAAGUGGAGAAAACCCUUACUUAAUUUAGUGAGAACAGUUUAGAGACCGUAAGCCAAUGUUGGUCAAGUGAGAGUGUUCGUGUUCGUGUGUGGGUAGGAUGAUGCCCACGGCAGAGCGGGUGGGGGGGCCGCCCACCAGGCCGGCUCGGGGAGUGCGGCCCGCCCGCCCCCCGCCCCCAGCCGCUCACCUGUACCGUCCGCCGCCCGUCGACCACCCUCGCCAGCAUCAGCACCCGCCGCCGCCGCCCCACGCCUCGUGCCCCCCGCGGCCCCUCCACGUGGGCACCAGCAACGGCCGCCACGCCCCCCGCCCGUGCGGCCACGUGGGCGGCCUCGGCGGCGGGCGCAGGGCCAAAUGGUGCGGCAAGGCGGCCUCGUGGGCGUGGCUGCCGCUCAACGCCGCCGCACGCGUCGAGUCGGCGCUCAACACCUGCUGGCCUGCGCCGUCGCUGCACGUGCUGCUGGCCUGCCUGCCCUGCCUUGCCCCUUCCGCCGCGCGAUUCCUCUCGCUGGAAGCCGUUGUGGAAGCCGGAUUUAAGCCUGGUAGGAAAUAG